AUGGCCACCAAAUCUACCUCCACCUACACUAAUUCUUACUCUUUCUCAAAGCUGAACAUCGAUGAAAACGAAUGGGUCGAGAACAUGCGUAAAUCGGUGGUAGAACAUACCGAAGAAGCCGACAAAGUCGAAGUUUGUAUCUUCACCGUCCCCAGCGUCCUUCUCGCCACCGAUCCCGCAUCCUACGUUCCACAGCAGGUGGCGUUAGGCCCGUUCCACCAUUGGCGACCGGAGGUCUACGAAAUGCAGCGGUACAAACUGGCCUCGGCUCGAAGAACCCAGAAACAAAUGAACAUUAGCUUCGAGCGUAUCGUCGAGAUUAUGAAGAAAAACGACGAGGCUCGAAUCCGAGCUUGCUACCAUAAGUUCUUGGAUAUGUCCGGUGAUGCUCUCAUCUGGAUGAUGGCCGUUGAUAUGGCGUUUUUGCUCGAGUUUCUUCAGGUUUACUUAAUGAAAGAACAAGGCCGGAUUCUCAAGAAAGUCACGUCCGGGAUGUCGCAUUUGGUCGAUGCCUCCGGGAAGAAACUGUCGCACAUGGCGAUUCUUCGUGAUUUGGUGAUGGUUGAGAACCAGAUUCCGUUGUUUCUGAUUAAGACGAUGUUGGAAGCUCAACGGAAACAGACGGCUCAUGAGCUGACAGCUGAACAGACGUUGAAGACCAUGUUAAUGGGGUUGUACCAUGAGCUUUCUCCCUUUCAAGAAAAAGAGUUGCCGGAUGUUGACAUUAACGACUGUGAUCACCUGCUCGAUUUUCUGUACCAUAUGACAGUUCCAAACAACAAAGAACUCGGUAUCCAAGAGGCUGAGAUCGAUAUCGACAAGGAUGAUAUCACCGAGAUCAAAGGAGGGGGAGGAGGAGGAGAAGAAGAAGAAGAAUCUUUCGCGAAACAAAGUGACCUUCGAAGGUUUAUGGAUUACAUAUGGACCACCCUCUCAAAAUCAAACGCAGGUUUGGUUAACUUUUUCAAGAAAAUCCUUUUCGGAAAACCAAUGGCUCUUCUAAUGAAACUGCCAUGGAAGAUCUUAUCAAGUCUCCCCAUUCUCAAACUCAUGAAAGAACCCAUCGAACGAAUGCUGGAAAAGUUCCAAGGUGAAGGAGAAGAACAAUCAAAAGAAGAUGGUAACGAACCAAAAGCACCAUUAAUCGAAGAAAUCACCAUCCCAUCCGUCACCGAUAUGGUCCAAGCCGGAAUCCUUUUCUCGCCGGUGAACGGCGGGAUUUCCGACAUAAGCUUCGACAACAUAACAUGCACACUUUACCUCCCAGUAGUCGAAUUAGACGUAAACACAGAGGUUUUUCUAAGAAACUUGGUGGCAUACGAAGCUUGCGUUGCCGCCGGUCCGUUGGUGGUAGCUCGUUACACCGAGCUAAUGAACGGAAUCAUCGACACAGAAGAAGAUGCGAAGUUUCUAAGAGAAAGAGGGAUUGUUUUAAGCCAUUUGAAGAACGAUAAAGAAGUUGCAGAUUUGUGGAAUGGGAUGAGCAAGUCUGUGAAGCUGACGAAAGUUCCAAAGAUGGAUCAAGUGAUUGAAGACGUGAACAAAAGGUAUGGGAAGACAUGGAGGGUAAAAAUGGCGAAUUUCAUGAAGACAUAUGUGUUUGGAUCUUGGAAGUUUCUAACGUUGUUGGCUGCUUUGUUCAUGUUGUUAUUAACUGGUCUGCAAGCUUUCUGCUCUGUGUAUAGUUGUGCUCGUAUCUUCCAUCAACUUCCAGAGCUCCAAGGAGGGUCAGAAGGGAACUAAGAAGAUGUUUACCAAAAGGUUAAUCGGUAAGUGUUUAAUUAAUUAUCUUAUCAUAUGUAUAUGACAAUUAAAAAUUUGGAAUCUUAUCUAGCUAGUAA